AACUGGGGCACGGUGACUGGUUCUGUCUGAGAUGCUCAGACUAGAUUACUGGAGCGCUGUGGGAACAGGGAUUUUCCCUCUGUUCUCAGCUCCCUGAGGAUGAAAUCUGACAUUUUCCCUAGCACAGAGCAGCGGUCAGAAGGGAAAGUUGAGCCUGCAUGCAGACUCUGGCAAGCAGGGAUGGAGCUGGCCCACUUCCCACAGCAUAGAGCGGCUGGCACCGUGCACAGCAGGAAGGAGAAAUCAUGGAAUUACAGAACAGUUUGGAUUGGAAAGGCCCUUAGAGAUACCUCCUUCCAAUCCCCAGGUUGUUCAGAGCCCCACCCAACCAGCUCUUUAGCACUGCCAGGAAUGAGGCAUCCACAGCUUCUCUGGGCAACCUGUGCCAGGGCCUCACCACCACCAAGGAGAGAAUUUCUUACCUCUUCUUUAAAUCCACCCCCUUUCCGUUUGAAGCUUGUAUUGAGUAGCAUGCCAGGAUCAGAUGGACAGCAGACAGUCUGCCCUGCACAUCUUCUCCUCCCAUUUGGCCAUGCCAGGUUUUCCAACAGGAUUUUCCAGCCACUGGCAGCCACUGGCACUGGGAUUGGCAGCACUGGCUGCUCCUGGCAGGUUUCCAAGGGUGUUUUGGAAAGGAAUACCACAAUGCAAAAGUGUUUUCCUAAAGCGGGAAUGUCAAAAACAGAUUGCAAAAAAGCUCUGGCAGGAUUAAUGUUUGGGUUUUUGAUUUAUUAUUGUAGUUUAAACCGUGCAAAAGCAUGGAGUCUUUUCACUCCGUGGGCCUGGGAUAGUGUUGAGGAGAAAGCAGCCCCCAAGGACCCCCAUUCUUUAUCAGCAGGCUUUGAAAACAGGAAGGAGGGAGCUCCAGGCAUCCCAUGACUGAAUGCUAUGCAAAGCCAAGCCCUGAAGAGCCUGGGUGUGGUUACAGGUGCUUUCUUCCCACACAGAAAAUGCUGGAUGGGGUCAUACAUUUAUUUUAGAAUUCAAGCCUGGAGGACUUGUCCCAGGAAAAGUAGUGCCACGUGCAGCCCUGCUCCCAGAGCCAAGCACCACAUCACUGUUAGUUUAACCACUCUCUCCCUGGCACAGAGAUGUGCAGGGUGUGGGAGUCCAAACUAUGGAAACUCCAGUGAACCUGAACCUGUAAUUGUUCCUCACUGGAAGCCCUGAGCGAAGACCUCCAGCAAGCCAUGCCCGUGCCCAUGGGACAGUGCACCAGGCGGGGCUGGAGCUGCUGGGUGGCUCUGGGGACCUGAGGUGCCACUGGGGCCAGCUGCAGGCUGCUCCCAGCCCAGCCUGGGCAGCAAGAGGUUGGUGUGAGGCACAGCACUGAAGCACUAAAGGCUGGGAUGGCACAAUGAAGAGCAGCCAGUGGGGAGAGGUUGGUAACAUCCACACUGAGCUGUUUGGCUCAUUUUGCUGCUGUCCAAAGAGGGAGGAUCCUCCUCAGUUUUCCAGUCAGCAGUUUCUCUGCAAGGUCUUGUGUUUUCCUCCAGCUUCCUCCCUCCUGCUGCCACAGGAAUGACCCCAUGGACAUGUCUGUAACAGGCAAGAAGGUAACAUGAUACAGCAGCACGACCACUGCCUUCAGUCCCCAAGCAAGACCCCUCCACCAGAGAGCAAGGGUUACUCUGGACCACUGCUCUCCCCUUACAAGCUGUGCUACCCUGCUGGCUGGAGCAGAGCCAGUGUCUCUCCAGACUCAGGGGUGUUGCCUUUCCUCUUGGCAAUGAGCUCUCAGACGCAUCCCCUGUCCCUUCCCUGUCGACUUGCAGGUGCUUGAGAGCUGAGAGAAGCUUGAUGUUUUUCAGCCUCGUUUACACACAGAGCAGUCCUGGGCAGGGGGAACACCUGUGACGAGGGGCAGCUGGUAAGACAACAUGGGCCAGCUCCUUUGCAUUCUGCUGGUUGGAGGAUGGGUUAGAAACAGGAGAGCAGACUCUGGAUCUAUCAGAGGGGAUUUCCCAGAAGUGCUUGCCCUCUAAUUCAGGUUGCCAAAAUGCUUUUCAAAGGGGCUUUUCUUAAAACUGAUACAGAGCAGUCAGUCCUUGGAGGCACCUUCAGAGAGUUUCUUCCACGCUGCAUUUCCAGAGUCACUGUUGCACGUUCAUUCUCUUGGCUCUCCUGAGCUCCCAUCUCUCCUCAUGCACAGUUUCACUCCCUACAUGAGGUUUCCCAGGACAAGCAGAACUGCAUUUCCCCAGGCUCAGGGGGCUGUAGGUGAUUCUGCGAGGGACAGGGACAAUGGCUGAGCACUUCUUGUUAAUGGGCUUAAGUGCCCAUUAAUUAUUACACGGGGGCUAGCAUCCAGCUCUGUGUGUAGCCAGGUACAGCCACUGUCUGGAGAGACAGCCCUGGGGACACCCCCACCUUGGGGAAACCCCCCAGGCUGAGCAAGCUGAGCUCACUGCUUUGCAGCCUGACCCACAGUGCUGCCCCAGCAGCCAGACCCUUUCAAAGUCCACGGUCUGCAAAGUCCAUUCCUGCCCUCUGUUAAAGCUGCUCUGCUUCAGAGCUGAUCCUGCACAGCAGGCGAGCACAGUCUGCAUUCAUCAGCACUCCAAGGAGUAGGUGGGAGAGCCAGGUGUCUGCAGCUGCACUUGAAAUUCAGAAAUCAUGACCCAAGAGCGACUGUGGCAGGUCCUGGAUCCAUCCUGGGGAGACAUCCGUGCCCUCUCAGCUCUGCUCUGCAGCUCAGCUGCAGCCGUGGUGCUCCUGAAAUGGCUGGGAAGGGGGCAGGUCCAGCAGAGGAUGGAUGAGGCAAGGAGGUCUCGGCAUCUGGCCCUGGAGAGAAUGAAGAAGGCAGCUCAAAGGCUUAAGCAAGAGAACCCAGGCAUCCAGACCUCACAGAUCCUCUCACUGACAAUGGUGGAGCUGGCAGAGAAGCUGAAGGAGGGGUCCCUGUCCCCAGAAAGUGUCCUCUACUCCUACAUGGACAAAGCUUUGGAGGUGAAUCAGGAGGUGAACUGUGUGACAGACUUCAUUCAUGGGUGUGAGGAUCAGCUCCAGAAACUGAAGAAGCAAAAGGAGAAGGGGCUGCUCUGUGGCAUUCCCAUCAGCAUCAAGGACCACAUUAACUGCAAGGGCCACAUCUCCUCUGCAGGGAUGGUGAAGUUUCUGGGCCAAGUGAAGGAAGAAGACAGCGUCAUUGUCCAGGUUCUAAAGCACCAGGGGGGGAUCCCCUUUGUGAAAACCAACAUCCCACAGACCAUGAUAAACUACGACUGCAGCAACCCCAUCUUUGGCCAGACACUGAACCCCCUCAACCCCCAGAAGAGCCCUGGGGGCUCCUCGGGCGGGGAGGGAGCUCUGAUCGCAGGGGGAGGCUCCAUCCUGGGCGUUGGCUCGGAUGUGGCUGGCAGCAUCCGCCUGCCCUCCAGCUUCUGCGGGCUCUGCGGCCUCAAACCCACGGCCAGCAGGCUCAGCAAACAGGGAGUCGUUUCUCCUCUCGUAGGAAUGCAAUCAGUGGCAGGGAUGCUGGGGCCCAUGGCCAGGGACGUGGACAGCCUGGCCCUGUGCAUGAAGGCGCUGCUGUGCCAGGAGAUGUUCCAGCUGGACCCCACCGUGGCCCCCAUCCCCUUCAAUGAGCAGGUUUACACCAGCUCCAAGCCCCUUCGCAUUGGGUAUUAUGAAGGAGAUGGUUACUUCCAGCCCUUGCCCAGCAUGAAAAGAGCUGUCCAGCUCACCAGAAAGCUCCUCCAGGAUGCAGGGCAUACGCUUGUUCCCUUUGCCCCUCCAAAGAUCGACUACAUGGUGGAUGAGCUGUUCACCAGAGGGAUUUUCUCAGAUGGGGCUGCCCACCUGCUGGACUGCUUCAAAGGAGACAUCGUGGAUCCAAACCUGAAAUCCCAGUACAAAACUUACAGGCUUCCUGCUCUGGUGAAAAGGAUCUUGGCUAUCAUUUUGAAACCCAUAUACCCACGAAUUGCUCGGGAUCUCAGCGCGCUCUGUGGAGUGGGAUCUGCCAAAAACCUCUGGGAUCAGCAUGGAGCAGUGGCGGCUUACCGCUCUGAAUUCCUCUCCAAGUGGAGGGAGCUGAGGCUGGAUGUGAUCCUCUGUCCUGCCCUGGGGCCAGCCUUCAACCAUGGCUAUGCUGGGAAGCUCUUUGCUGCGACCUCCUACACCAAUCUGUACAACGUGUUAAACUUCCCUGCUGGGGUGGUGCCGGUCAGCACGGUGACGGGAGCUGAUGAAGAAGAACUGAAGCACUACCGAGGGCACUACGGAGACCCCUGGGACAAGAGGCUGAAGGAGGCUGUGUCAGGAGCCCUGGGGCUGCCCGUGGCCGUGCAGUGCGUGGCUCUGCCCUGGCAGGAGGAGCUGUGCCUGCGCUUCAUGAAGGAGGUGGAGGCUCUUGCCCGUGGCACGAAGAGAAAUGUGUGAUUUCUGGGAGCCAUCCUCUGGUGUGAUGGCUUUUCGCUCCCUGCCCUUCACUCCAGCCGCCUUCCACCUGAUAUGAAGCAAAGUAGAUAGUGAGUUGAAAACUCUGAAUUAAUGUUUUAAUAAAGUGGCACUAAAUUCUGUUUAGAAAUGGUCAGCAAAAUCUUGCCUCUGUCUAAAUUGUCCUUCAUUGUUCGAGUUAAUCUGAGUCAAAAAGAAGAAAGAAAGGAGUUAAUGCUGGACCAAAGGGAUUAUUUGCUGUAUGGUGUAAGACCAAUGAGCUUUUUAUUGCAAUUAUGCUUCCAACAAUGGGCAGGAGCAGAUGUUUGUGGGAAAGUAUAACCUGUUAAGUGGAGAAUUCCCUCUCUAGCUGUGCCAUUGUUUAGCCAAGAGACUUUCUGGCAAAGACUUGCAGUCAGCCCAUGGGUUUAAAUAGCUGCCAAGAGAGCUCUCCUCCAUAAACUUGUCCCCUUCCUGAACUCAUUUGCUGUCUAGAUCU